AUGUCUGACGACGAAACUCCCACCCCCACCGCCACCCCCACCACCCCCUCUGUCACCUUCACCCCAAACACCUCCGAAAAAAUCCAAUCCGCCGUCCACUCUCUCUCCUCCAUCGUCAACCCCUCCCUCACCAUCACCUCCACCACUACCCCUCUAUCCAUCCUAAACGAACCCGAAAUCUACUCCCAAAUCGCCACCCUCCUUCGUAACCCCAACUCCGGCUCCGGCGAUAACAACCUCUGCCGCUGGCUCUACGACACUUUCCAAUCCAACGUCCCCGAUCUCCAACUCAACGUCAUCCGCUUCCUCCCUAUCAUCGCCGGCGUUUACCUCUCCCGCGUCGCGGACCGAAAACCGCAAGCCGGUUUCGAAGCUGUUCUCUUAGCUCUCUAUGCCUACGAAACAACCUCACGUGCAGGUGAAUCUGUAACCGUUACCAUCCCUGACAUGUCACACCCUAGUGUCUAUCAUGAAUCAAAAUCAACUAUAAAUAAAAACAAUGCAACUGAAUUAAACGUUUCUGUUUUAUCUCCUUCGCUUGAGCCGCACGGUACCGUUCGAUCCACGCGAAGAGCGCGAAUCGUCGGUGUUGCACUCGAGUUGUUCUACAGCAAAAUCUCGCAAUUCACAAUCGCGUCGAAGAUUGAUUUUUGUAAUUUCUGUAAGAUUUGGGCCGGUGAAGAUGGUGACAUGUAUAAGGAUUUCGAAGAUGACGAUCUUGAAGAUAACGAUGACGAUGAUAAUAACGGUGAUGAAGUGGAAGAUGUUGAAGAAGAGAAACAAGAGAAAAGUGGUGUUAAUAAGAGGGGUAGGGUUUCAAUGCCAUGGGAAUUGUUGCAACCGGUAUUAAGAAUAUUAGGACAUUGUUUGUUGGGUCCUAAUAACAAGGAUACAAUGCUCUUUGAAGCAGCAAGUGAAGCAUGUAGGUGUUUAUUUGCUAGGGCCAUGCAUGAUGUUAAUCCAAAAGCUAUUUUACCUAUGAGGAGCUUAUUGAGGCUUUCUAAGAAUGUUGAUGUUGAUGAAUUUGAUCCAACUGAACCACCCAAAACAAAUAUUAUUAGUCUUUAG